UCCUCGGCUGCUAUUUCUCUCUCUCAAAAUAAGACCGAAAAAAAAAUCAUUCUCUCAUACUACUAGUAUUUUCUAGGGUUUUAGUACUACUCGUACUACACCAAGUCGAAGUACUAGUGCUAGGUUAAUCAUAGAUGCACAUGAUGAACCACCAUGACAGAUAUAGGUUUCCUUCAAUUUCACAACAGUCCUUAUGGCCACCUGGUGUUGACGCGUCUUCUUCUUUCAGCCCUUGUUUUGCUGGUACUAAGCGUACUUCUUCCGAAGCACUCUACCAUCAGACUUAUCUGGGAACGAGUAACACUUUUGGGCAAAGUGAGGCUUUUUAUUCUGCAAACAAUCUAAGCAAGCGCCCUAGGUUCGAGAGCACAAGCCAUUUGCCUAUCUAUCCCCAAAGGCCAGGAGAGACGGACUGUGCUCACUAUAUGCUCACAAGAACCUGUAGGUUUGGUGAUACCUGCAAGUUCGAUCAUCCUAUUUGGGUUCCUGAGGGUGGUAUCCCGGAUUGGAAAGAGGUUCCACUUGUCCCUUUGGGUGAUACUCUUCCGGAAAGACCCGGAGAGCCUGCUUGUCCUUACUUCCUGAAGACCAAAAAGUGCAGAUUUGGUUUUAAAUGCAAGUUCAACCACCCAAAAGAUAUAACAAAGUCUGUGGAUGCUUCUAAGAUUGUUGAUCUUUCUCUAUUACCUGAAAGGCCAUAUGCUCCACCAUGUUCAUUUUACAUGAAGACUGGAAUAUGUAAAUUUGGUGAAUCUUGUAAGUUUCAUCAUCCUAAAGAUAUUCAAAUACCAGUAACUGGUCAAGAAAAUGGUUGCGCAGAGCACGAUGCCUCUGUGGGUUCUUUUGAUAGUAUAAUGUCGGUGAAACCACCAUUUGUUCCAUUUACCCCAGCAUCACUGCAUAAUACCAAAGGACUUCCAGUUAGACCGGGUGAAGUGGAUUGCCCUUUCUAUCUUAAGACUGGCAGUUGCAAGUAUGGCGCCACUUGUCGUUACAGUCAUCCUGAGAGAGCAGUCAUCAGCAUAUCAGUUGCCCCUGGCCUAGGGCAUGCAAUGAUGACCUCCUCAGCAUCUAGUAUGAAUGUUGGACUCAUCAAUCCUGCUGCUAUGGUUCUUCCGACCAUCGACCCAAGGCUUGGACAAGCAACGCUGGGGUUGGGAGUGGCUGUCUACCCUCAACGACCUGGACAGACGGAAUGUGAAUUUUACAUGAAAACCGGGGAUUGCAAGUUUGGUGAGAGAUGCAAGUACCAUCAUCCGAUAGAUCGGACAGCAGCGACUCAGUCAAUGCCUAAGCAGGAUGUAAAACUCACCCUUGCAGGACUACCUAGGAGAGAGGGUGCAGUGGUCUGCCCUUUCUACAUGAAGACAGGGGCAUGCAAAUAUGGUUCUAGUUGCAGGUUUGAUCACCCCCCACCAGGGGAGGCUGUAGCCAUGGCUACAGUAGUCCAAGGAUCUUCAUCUGCCCCCCUAUCAGGAAAGGCUGUAGCAAUGGCUACAACAGUACAAGGAUCUUCAUCUGCCCCCCCAUUGGGGGAGGCUGUAGCCAUGCCUACAGUAACACAAGGAUCUUCGUUUGCUGCAGAGGACGGAGAAAGUAAUAAUAAUAAUAACACAAUAGUACCUGAAGUAGCCAUCUCAUUUGGCUCCACAAGUUAACCGAGCUAAAAUUUUCUGUACUUGUAUUUUAGUGUUUUUUUUUCCUAGCUUUAUUGGGGGCCAUGGAUAUUGAUUGGGGGCCUUGCACUAGAGGACAAAAAAGGUCACCCCACCCUAAUUUGUGUUGCCCAUUAUCAAAAUAUUUUCUAAAUGGCUAAAAUGCCCCUGAAUGAUUAGUAUUAAUAAUUAAUUAAGUUAAUUAGUGUGGUAA